AUUUUUGCAAAUAUGUGGACCACAAGAAAUCUUAUAAAAUUAAGUAAAGGAGGAAGCUUUAGAAGUAUUAGGAAGCCAGAAAAAUAUUCUAUUUUUUGGAAUUCAUGUUCAUUUUCACAAGGUUUAUAUCAGAACUCCUGAAGAAAUUUUUCAAGUUAUGAAGAAAGAAAAAGAGAAUCUUUGAAACAAAGAAAAGCCAAGAAAGAUCAUAAGAUUCUCCUUGUCUACGCUGGAGCAGUUGGGUUACUAAUAGCAUCAGGAAAUAUCCAUUUCAUUGCUAUUCCUGCUUUGCUAGGAGGGUUACAUUAUGUUAAGCUUCAAGGAAGUUUUGGAAAAUCUCUUUCAUCAAUUAAAAAUAGGAAAAAUAAUAAAUUUCAAACAAUUUUCCCUGAUCUGAUACAGCUAAUUUCUAAGCAUGAAGAAGCUAAGGAAUAUUUUAUUGAAAAAGACUCUAUUCUUGUAGAAAAUCCACAUUUUGAAGAAUUUAAAUCAAAGGAGAAAAUUUUAGCUAACAAAUAUUUAUUUGAAUGUAGAAUAAUUGACUCUGCUACAUCAGCUGUUGCUACUGUCCAAGGGUUGAUUCACUUUGACAUUAAUGCAAAGUCUCCUUCUUUUGAGUCACUAACGAUCCAUAUGCAUGCUCCUGUUACCAAAAAGCUGAAGAUUAUAGAUCUCCUGAUGGAGUCCAAAGAUGAAGAACAGUAG